CAUAGAUCCACUUUUGCCACGUGUUACUGAUUUUAUUAAAUUAUUUCCUCAAUUUUUACGUAUUGUUUCACAUUGUUUAAGAAAAACUGAAGUCAAAUUAUGGCCACGUUUAUUUUCAACAUCAACUAUCGUUGAUCCGAAAAAACUUUUUCAACAAUGUUUGAAGGACAAUAAUUUAGAAACGGCAGCAUCAUAUUUAAUAAUAAUACAAAAUCUUGAAAAAAGUGAAUUAAGUCAACAAUUUGCUCAAGUUUUACUCGAACAUUCAUUAGAAAAUGCUAAAUGGGAAUUAGCUACAGAUAUUCUUCGUUUUAUUCGUUCAAUAGAUCCACAAGACUUAAAUAAUGAUGAACAUAUUCGUACAAUAAAUAAUCGAUUUCCACCAGCAAACACUAGUAAACGUGUAACAAAUAGUCUUAGUCAAAAAUCACCUUUAUCAUCUUAUCGUGAAUCAUUAAAAUUUACUUAUGUUCCAAAUAUACGACAGCGAACAGCAAGUGUAGCAAAUUCUUCUACAAAUCCAUCAACUAUACCAGCCAUUCCUGAAGCACCACCAUUACCAACAUCGUUAACACCAGUUAAAGCUAAAGCAUCCUGGCCAGCACCAUCAACUGUUUUAAAUGUAAAUUCACUGAACGCUACAGCAUCAAGUAAUCCAUCAGAAUCAUUGAAUUCUUCAACUACUGAAACACGAGGAAGAAAAUCAAGUUCAUCAGAUAGUAAAUCACCAAGAAAAGAACAUGAAUUUCAACAACAACAACAACAAUCAUUUGAUUCAAUAGAUUAUUCAAUGUUCCAAUCAUCAACAACUUCAUCAUCAGUUAAUUUUAUUCAACGUACAUUAAAUCAACAUGCAUUACAAGCAAUUAGUAAAGGUCGUUUAAGACAUUUAGGAUAUAUGGCAGCUAAUAUAUCUGAUUUUGAUCUUCUCAAUUGGCUUAAGAGUCAUAAACAUGAAUCCGCAUUGAGUAUUUCGAAUUAUUCUGAUACACUUAAAACACUUCAUAUGGAAUUUGAUUGGCCAUUUCCUGUUUCACUUUCACCAAGCGUUUAUUUCAAUCCGAUAUAUCAAGAUAAAGAUUCGAGGACAUCAAGUACUGAUAAUAAUGGACAUCAUUCAGAUUCAGGUCUUGGACCAAAUGAUCGAAAUGGUGGUGAUCAAGAUGAAAAAUAUCCCGUACAAGUGUCACGUGCAACAUCAAAAGAUGAAAUGAAUAUAAAUUUAAUACCCAAGACUAAUAAAGAUAUUUUGGAUACAUUAAGUUUAACAUCGGAAGCAAGUUCUAUGCCAAUUGAUAACGAAUUCGAUGAUCUUGUGAAUAAUCGUGAUAUAGAAAGUCUCACUCAAGAGUUAGCAAAUCAUGGUCCACAAUUAUGUGAAAAACAAAUACGAUUUCUUUAUGAUACAUUUUUAAUGGCUGAUUGUUAUGAUUGGGCAUUUCUAUUUUCACUUAUCCUCAAAAGUCAAACAAUGAUUACACAAGUUAUUAAUGCUAUUCGAAUGCAAGAUUUAUCCACACAAAUGUUUACUUUACAACGUGGUCUUGUUGAAUUAGAAACAUGGGCUGAUAUUGAAUGUCCUGGAUAUAAAUCUUUAUUAUUAUUUGUACGUAAUCAAGCUCAAGCAUUGAUUAAUCAACGUCGAACUUUUAUUCCAUUAUCUCCGACAAAAAAACAAAUGUCACUAGAUCAAAAUGAUGAUGUAUUUAUAUUAAAACAAACAAUUACAGAUAAUAAUGAACACGUAUCACGUAGAAAAAGUUCCUCGCGUAAUCGUACGAGUUCAGCUACGAAUACUGAUCAAGUUACAACAACACUUGAUUCAUUAACUAUUGAUACACAAGUUACAAAUAAUAGAAAAAGUCGUGAAACAUCACCAGCAUUACGUGCACGUCGUUUUAGUGGAGAUAUUGUACUUCCACCAUCAUCAUCUUCAGAAGUAGAUGAACCAUCACUUUUUUCACCUGGUUCAGUUCGUGCACGAACAAUAAGUUCACUUCAAGAAAAUAAAAAUUUUCCCGGAUCAUCCAAAAGACAGAGUUCACUUUCAACAGCACCAACUGAUCCUCCACCUCCGCCUUUAUCAUCGAAACGUCUUGAUAUCCGUCUAAGUUCUGGUAAAACAGUUGAUACAAGUGAUUUUAUUCAAUCAGAUGAUGAACAUUCAUCACCUACACAACAUCUUAUCAAUCCACAUAUUCAAAUACCUAAUAAUCAACAACAACAUAAAAAUCAAUCAACAAAUGAAACGACACGGAAUAAACUUUUACAAUCCGUUUAUGUUAAUAAUCCAAAUACUCCUUCGUCUUCAUCAGAACCAUUAACAAAUGGUAAUAAUUCCCUUAUUCAUCCUGCUGAAUCUUCCUCAAAUUGUGUACUUUCGUAG